AUGACCUUCCCAAGAAUCCUCUCUCUCAUCCUCUUCAUCCUACCACACAUGCUCACUUUCGCCCUUGCAGCCACCAUUCAGAUCCGUAACCAAGUCUCCUACACUGUAUGGUCUGCCGGUAGCAUCGAACAACAUCAUGUGGACGAAUCGUGGACCAUAACGUUGGCCCCAAGCACUAAUAUGGGCCGUAUCUUGGGGCGUACUAGUUGCAAUUCGGUGGGUGAUGGGCAAAACAGCUGCCUGAUGGGUAGCUACGAUGGUCGCCGCAGGUGCCAUGGCUACGCGAAGGCAUCCAAAGCAAUCACUGAUUUCACACUCAAAAAGCCCAAAUACAUUGAUCUCUCGUUAGUGGAAGGCUUGAACAUCCCUAUGGAGUAUAGGCCGACAACAAACAGUGUGCCAAUGAGCUAUGUGGGUCAUGAAGCUGCAACGACCCAUGCUCCGUUUUUCAGACAGAGGAAUGAUGUUCGCAUGAUGCCUGCAGUUAACCAAAGGAUGAUGAGAGAAGCAGAUAUGCCUGCCCAUUGGUACUAA